AUGAGCCAAGUGAUCGUUAGAGCAUUUUGGAAAAAUUGGAACUUUCUGAAAAUUUUAAAGAAUUCAUCCAGAGAUGAUGAUUUUACUGUUUCUUUUGAGCAGGAAGUAGAACGUGACUUAAUGCAACAAUUGUCUGUUCUAUCCACUAAAAAGAACCAUAUGACACAACCAAACCCAAGACCAGCAACUGAGCACCCUAGUAGUAGAGGCACUCAAUAG